AUGCCGGGUUUGAUUCGAAACAAGCAGAGCUUGAAUUGUGCUUCGGCUGAUCAUCUUAAUCUCAAUCCGUUAUCUAUUUAUAACGGUGCUCCAAAAGUAAAUUGGGAUGGCGUGGAAACUGUAAAGUAUGUUGCUUUUCGUAAUUGGACUCCAGGCGACAACUAUACCGAAAUAUUAUCGUUAAAAAACUUAUCCGGACGUAAUGUUCAGUUAAGUUAUGAUGUACCAAAAACACGAGCAUUUCAGACGAUUUAUCCAAAACGUGUAACACUAAGUCAAGGUGUCAGUUUCACGCUUCCGAUCAAUUUUCAACCGUUAGAAAAACAACAAUACCAAGAUGAACUUGUCGUGUAUAUUAAUAAUCAACAGAAAAAAAUACAAUUAUUGGGUUUACUUCCUCGUCAUAAAAUUAAAAUUGAACCGAGUGAGAUCAGCUUUGGAUACUGUGCUGUUCAAGAUGUAUAUACCAGAACAUUUAAAAUACGAAAUAUUGGCGAUUUGGAUGCAACAAUAGAAUGGGACGUUACAGAACCGUUUAUUAUCGAGCCACGAGAAUGUUCGAUAGCACCUCAAGGACAUCAUCAAUUUCAGUGUGUAUUUAAUCCAGUGUGGGCAUUGGUUUAUAAAGCAACAGCAGUGUGUAAAUAUGGUGAUACAGAUUUAAUUGAAAUGACGUUAACUGGUACUGGAAAAUAUCCUCAUUUAAUUGUGAAAUCGGAUGAUAUGAACAUGAAUAACAAUGAAAAUGUUAUUUUAAAUUUUGGUAAAGUACCGAUUAAUGUAUGCGUGAAGAAAGAGUUUACAAUAACUAAUCAUUCAGCAUUUCGUGUACCUUUUAAAGUUGAACAUCUAGCAGGUGUGCCACCAUUCGACGUACCGUUUUAUUGUAAACAGUCACGUGGAUGUAUCGAACCAUUGGCACAACAUACUAUGACAAUGAGUUUUGAACCUAAAACGUUUGGCCAAACAUUCCGUGACUAUUUCAGUGUGCUAUCGCUAUCUGGUUUGGUUGCUGCUCUAGUUGAAUGUGAAGGUGUAUCAUUAGGAAGUCAGAUUGAAAUAAAUACAACUAAACUUGGAUUUGGGCAAGUGCUUUCGAAUGGAAAAACAAGCCGUAUACUGGAAUUAAAAAAUCAAAGUUCAAAUGUGGCUCAUUUUGAAAUAUUAAAUCCGUUAGAUAGUCCAUUUCAUUUUUCUGUUCAAAAAGGUACUAUUUCUGGAACAGAUAAACAGACGAUUGUCGUCACAUUUGUUCCCAUUUAUCCAGCUGGCUAUUAUAAAAUCGUACCUAUCCUUAUCGAGCAUCAAGCACCAGUUUUAGUCGAAGUUUAUGGCACCUGUCACACAGAUAGUGGCAAACCACCAGUAUUAAGUGAAAAACAUGUUGAAAAUUUUAAAAGACUAUGCCAGCGUCAUUUGGCUACAUAUCCAUUUGAAAUGUUAACUGAAUUUAUAACAAAAGGUAAAUUAGCUCGAGAUGAAAAUGGUGCAUUGUACGAAGCGCAGCCGGAUAGCGAUACACUCGAAGCAAUUUAUAAUGGUGAUAGUGUCAGUUUAGCUGAUAAUAAUAAUAAUCAGCAACACCUUAUUUUUCCACCAGUAACAAAUAUAUUGGAUCGUUAUACAUGGUACAUUGAUGAUGGUUAUCAUGGAAAUACAAAUGUACGAAGUGAUUUUGUUACAUUAAGUGAAACAUAUUUUUAUUUUGAUAAUUGUUCGGUGGCAACAGAAAAUAAUGAGUGGCAAAAGAGUUUAACGGUCACAAAUCAAACAAAAGGUAAACUUGUUGUGAUAUGGAUGACAAAUGAUUUGUAUGAUGGUACAACAGCAUCAACAAAACAGUCGUCAACCUUCUCUAUUUUUCCUGCAACAUGUGAAAUUCCACCAUUAAAAUCAACAGCAUUUCGCAUUAUUUUUCGUCCCGGAGUUCAUGAUAAAUUUUUUGAAAAAAAAUUUGAAGCCUAUGCAUUUUAUAAAAAUCAACGUGAUUUUUCACUUGUACCCGAUUAUGGUAUUAUGUUACCGACACACAUGGAAGUAACAUGUGUUGGUAAUACUCUAUUACAAAAUCAUGAAAUUAUACCCAAAUGUGAACUUGAUCGUACUAUCGUCACAUUCCCACCAGAAUCCGAUGGUAAUCCAAUAUUUCAAACGUUAACAAUAAUGAAUACGGGUACAACACCAUUUGUCUAUCGUUUAUUAAUUGAAAAUAUUGAUCAAACAUGUCUAUCAAUUAAACCAAAUAGUGGCUAUAUUAAUGAAAAUGAUUAUUGUAUUAUCAUAUUAAAAUUUAAACCAAAAGAAUCGUUAUUAAGUCAUGCUAGUGUCUAUUCAGAAAAAUUAAUAUUACGUUUAAAUGAUCGUGAAAAAUUUGAUAUACCAAUUACAGUAUUUGCAACAAUUGAAAAACCACAUUUAUUAUUUCCAAAUGAUGGACAAAUUUAUGUACUACCUACCUGUAUUGGUCUAAAAUCAGAAACAAAUAUUAAAAUACGAUCAUUAACACGUAGUCCUGUUGAGUUUUCAUGGACAAUUGAUAAACAAAAUGAUAAUGAUAAUCAACUAUUAAUUCAACCAGCUUAUGGUACAAUUACGCCGUAUGAAGAAAAAGAAUUUAUCAUUAUUUAUAGGCCUAAAGAUGAAGGUAGAAAUAAUAUUCGUGCUCGUUUAGCAAGUUGGAUAGGAGAGAAAACAUAUGGCACAGAGAUGUAUCAAAUGAAUUUAUUUGUUUCUACUCGUGAAGGAUAUUUAAAAGCAAAUGAAUUACAUAAAGAUUUAGGUUUUGUAUCAUUGGGUACAUCAAUUGUUCAUGAUCUUUAUCUUACAAAUGGAAAUGAUUGUCUUUUACGUUAUCGUUUAUAUGCCAAACAGACAACAUAUCCAGUCGAAACGAAUAAAAUAUUAUCAUCAACUUCAAAUUUUCGUGGAAAUAGAAUAGAUCGAACGAAUAUCGAUAACAAUGAUGAACCAUUAAUUAUUGAUUUUUUUCCAAAUGAAGGUUAUAUUGAUGGUCGUGCAAAAUUACGUGUACCACUUCGUAUACAUCCGUUUAGUCGUUCAACAUAUCAGCUAGAAAUAUUCUAUGAGUUACUCGAUGAUAAUGGAACAUGUUUAAAUGAUCGUAUAUUUUCUCUAUGUAAAUUAACUGUAAAUGGAGUUUAUCCUUGUUUGGCAUUUACAGACGUCGCUGGAUCUAAUAAUUCAGCAUCACUAAGUAAAUCAUUAUUAUGGAAAGCAUUUAAUUUAAAAACAAUCAAUCGUUUAUUAGCCAAAGAGCCAAGUUCAUUGGAAUUAACCUAUGCUAUAUUUCCACAGACAGAAUAUCAUGAACAAAAAUCAAUUAAAAUUAUGGGAAAAGAAUCUGAAAUACAUAUGAAAAAUGUUGUUGAAACAAAUACUACGGAUAGAAACGAUGAUAAGAAAAUGACAGAAGAUGAACAAAAUGAAGCAAUUGUUUUUAAUUUUAAUGCAGCUCCAGUUAAUUCACCACAAUCAGAAGUUCAUUUAUUAUUAGAAAAUCGAGGUGAUUUAGAUACAGAAUGGUCAUUUUUAUUUCCAAAAGAUUUACAAUGUGAAUUAGAAUAUUGGGCUAGAACAGGAGAUUUUACAGAAGAAGAAUUGGCUGAAAUGAAACUACAAGAUAAUAAAAUAUUUCAUAUAAAUCCCAAAAAAGGUGUAUUAAAAAAACAUGAAAAAGUUACUAUAACAUUUACGUAUAAACAUAUAUUUGCCGGUCAACAUGUAUUACCAAUUUUAUUUAAAGUUGGACGUGGUCGACAAAUCAUGUUAAAUUUAAAUGGUGUCAGUGUUGAACCAGGAGAAAAAUAUGUACAUUUUUAUAGUACUACGCAUAAUUUAUUACCCGUUGAAUUAGGAAAACAAGGUGCGCCCGUACAACAGUAUGAGUUGUGGAAUGGUGGUACCGUACCUGUUCAUUUUCAAGUUGAUAUGCAACAAUUAGAACAAAUAUCGACAACAAAUUAUGGAUUUUGGGUGUUGGAUUGUUUAACACCUGAAGGUACAAUAUUACCACAAAAAAGUUUUAUUACACAGUGGGUGUUUAAUCCACUCGAAGCACGUGAAUAUAAAUUUAAUAUUAAAGUUCAUCUAGAAGAUUUAGAGCCAGCUUUUAUCACAUUUGUUGGUAGUGGAUUCGAUAGUCGUGAUACAAAUAUUGAUGAAUAUACCGAUAACAAUAAUACACUCGAUACUAUUGACAAUUCGAUAACAUUACCAAAUGAAACACGUUUGAAAUUAAGUGAUCGUUUAGCCAGUUUAGAUGUUGAUCGAUUUCAAUUUGGAAAUGUACCGUUAUUUACGAAACAACGGCGUGUUACAUUUUUAACAAAUAACUCAAACACGGAUAGUAUCACGUUCAUUUGGCAUGUAACAAAUCCGGAACAAGUACGACUUAUAAGAAUACAACCAGUACGUGGUAAAAUUGAACCAAAACAAAGUAUUCCAAUUAAAGUAACAUUUAUGGCUGUUGAAGCACCAUCGUUUCACGAUAUAGAUCUUGUUUGUGAAGUAUAUAAUGAGUCGGUUAUGAAUAAAUUUGAUUCUGACGUUGAAAAAUGGGAAAAUGAAAUAAAAGAACGAUGGCAAAGAUUUGAAAUUGAUGACGUUGAAUAUGAAACAUUAUUACAAGGAAAAGCGUUGGAUAACGAAAAAAUAUCAGCCAAUGGUACAAAAUCACCAUUGCCGAUAACAUUUCAACGUGAUACACCAAAUUUUCAAUCAUCAACAUUACAGUUAUGUAAAACAUUACCACCAAUUGUUGUUAAUUAUGAACUGGAUGAAUCAAACUAUGAUCGAACCAAACGUUUGAGACAACAACGUCAGGCAAUCAGCAGACCACCAAUGCCCAUACCAGAAUUAUUACAUUUAGCAUUUACAGCGAGAACAUUAGUCUAUACUGAAUAUUUAGAAACAUGCAAUAAUUUAACAGAGAUUAAUAAAUAUUUUAUCGAUACUUGUCUAGGAGGAGAUUAUAAACAUCAUGGUGAAAAAAAACGAAGACAAGAUGAAAAUUUUAGCGGAGACGAACAAGACAUUCAAGAGGAAGAAGAAAAUGUUGGUAUAUUAACUGUUAAUAUCGAUGAAUCAGACACUAUUAAAGGUGCCUUGAGUGACCUUAUAAGAAGUUUACUAUGUGAUCGUGUAUUUAUUGACAGUGUACCUAAAAUGAUUGCUGAGCCAAUACCUUAUUUUAAACAGUUACAAUACACAAAGAGAAAACAGCAAAUAACUCGACAGUCAAAGGACACAAGUCCACGAUCGAAUGAACAAUUGAGCGAUCGUAGUAAACAGCACCAAUCUCAACGAAAUAGAACAAUAAAGGAAAUUGAAGAUGACAAGCAACAACAACGUUUACUAGAUGACUCCAUACCUGAACAUGAACAAAGUUUAACAUGGGGAGAUGGCCGAUUAGAAUCACCAACUAUGGGUGACAUGCCAUAUCAACCAUAUAAUGAACGAAGAAAAAUAUCAUCAGCAUCGUCGUAUGAGCGAGAGGAAAAUUUUUUUUCUGAUGAUAUUAAUUCACGAAAACUUAAAGAAAAUCCAAAUUUUACAUCAUUACUCGAAGAUAUUAUUGAAAAUACACUAUGGAAUAUUAUUCAAGAAGCGUAUUCCAAUGAAUUUAGUUUAACAGCUCGUCCAAGAUUAAUUGCUUUACCACCACGUAAACAUAGUAAUAAUCAUCAUCAUCAUCGUCGUCAAAAUGGAGAAGAAAAUCAACCAAAACAAACAAUAAAAACGCCACCAAUGAUUACGAUGCAAUCGGUUGACUAA